UAGCUUCCACUUUGAAGUUUAAUAAUAAGAAUACAAGAGUGAAUAAUAUUUAGGAAAAAUUGAUGGGAAUAAUCCCACCUUUUGAGCGUCUGCGAUAAAUAAUCCCACCUUUGGGAUUUUGUUUUUUAAUAAUUCCACAUUCUGUUAUGUUCAUUCUCUUCAGCCUUGUAAUCCAUUUUGUUCAGUUCUAACUAACAUGCCUUCUAAUCUUUUCAGUUUUAGUUCUGUCUAAUAUGCCUUGUAGUCUGUUAUGUCAGUUAUAUUAUAAUCUGACUUGUAAUUUGUUCUGUUAAGUUUUAUUAUACCUUUUAAUCUACAAUUUUUUCAGAUAAAGGCUAGUCAAGCUAAGGGUGAGGCAAGCAAUCGAGGAAGAGGUAAAAAUAAAAGGUAUUGGACGUAUGAAGAAGAUGCGAUUCUAAUAAGAUAUUUGCAUGAGUUGAGUUGCGAUCUGAAGUGAAAGUGUGAGAAUGGGUUUAAGAAUAGUUACAUGAAUAAGUUGGAAGAGAUGAUCAAUGGUGUACUUCCUAAUUGUGGCUUGAGAGCGGUUCCCCACAUUGAGUCGAGGAUCAAGCAUUGGUCGGAGAAAUAUAGUGCAUUGGCGGAAAUGUUAUCCACCUCAGGAUUUGGAUGGGAUGCUGAGAAGAAGAUUCUACAAGUAGAUAAGUCGGUGUUCGAUGGUGGGUAAGGACUCAUAAGAAAAAGCUAAGGGGUUGCUUGGAGUUUUAUUCGUUCAUUAUGAAACUCUAGCAGAAAUAUAUGCAAAAGACAAAGCUACCGGAGAUGUAAGUGAGUCAUUCGUUGAUGCCAUAGAAGAUAUGUAUCAAGAGAUUGAUAAGCAACCAUUGAAUGUCGAGAGUGAUGAAGACGAUGAUGUGAAUUCUACUCAUUCGGACAGUUAUUCUUCUACAAGGCAAUCCGGAAAAUGCCUCAUGAAGAUAGAGGAUGAUCAUAUAACUCCUUCAAAAAUGGCAAAAGUGAAGGCUUCUACAAUUCAUUCUUCCGCAAGUGAUUCUACUACUCAAUACAAAAAACGCUCUAUAAAGGCGAAGGAGACUAAGGUGAAAGGAAAGAACAAGGUAGAUUUAAAGAGUUUGUGUAGGAAUGAUGAUGAUGAUUUGGUGGCCUCCCUCCAUGAUGUAUCCAACAAUUUUGGGAAGAUAUUUGAAAAUAACUAUGUUAAUCUUGGGACUAUGGCUAGUGCGUGGUCUAAAGUGGAAGAAAGGGAGCAAAGGAUGGAUGAAAAAUUGAACAAGGUUUUGGACGAAGUGAUGAAGUUAGAUGACAUUUCUCCAUCCGAGGCUUUAAAGUUGCUACAAUUCUCAUGGCGGAAGAACAUAAGCUCCGCAUCUUCUAUCAAGCUCCAACUAAUAUGAAGAAACAAUAUGCGAUUGAUCUUAAGAAGAAGUAGAAAGUUUUUUCCUAAGUUGUUAUGGAGUUAAUGUUUCAACGGAUUUUGAAUACAUUUUUUUUAAAAAAAAAAUUUGGAAUGCAAGAAUUUCAAUUCUUUUGUAAUUAAUAAUUUAUGUGACUUUGCCUAUAUCUAGUAUUAGUGGUGCUCUACAUUGCAUAAUGUGUAGCAAAAGUUAGCAAAGACAACAAAAAAAUAUAAGGAAAGUUAUUUGUUUCCAAGUUAUCUAUGCCAAAUAAGAGGAAACGGAUUGGUUGUAAUCGUUUACGUUUCCUUAGUAAUACCAAACAACUAGUAAGGUUAACACUAUAUAUUACCCUUUCCCCUUCUAAUUUGUUUCCAUUCCCUUACAUUUACUAAUUUGCUACCAAAUGCCCCCUAAAUCUUAUUAAAACUGGACCAAAUUACCUUAUUUUAGGUAGCUAAAAAAAAUUAAUACUGAUAAAUACAGUGUAUUAUUAAAACCCAAGUACUCAGUAGCUAAAAGAAAAUUUAAACAAAAAAUAAUCUUAA